GUGUUUCAGGUCUUCAGCUCUGAUAUCAGACAGAGUAAAUGCUCUUGAUCCUCUGAAGAGUUUAUCUGCUGUAGAAACACUUUAGUUUGGGGAUUCUGGAUUAAACAUUCUGUUGCUGGGUCCGAGAGCGUUUCCGAGAUGCUAAAUUCAGUGAUUUUGGAAAUCUCAGAGCAGUUUGAACUUUCAGAGAGACUUGAAUAAGCCACGCAUCAGCAGAAAAGCUGUGGAGAAGAGAGAGACGAGGAGGGGAGGGGGCUCUCCUUGAAAAGUUCAUUAACCUGAACUAAAGUGUAGCUUUGCUACAUUUUUUUUCUUUUAAGGGUUUCUUCUCCAGGCAGCAAAAUUUCACCUAAAAGCAGACAACAGGAUCGUCCUGCGCUGACACGACUGGUCGGCAGGAAACGGCUGGUGGCAGCAGGGGUCCUGGGGGUCGUUAUGGUUCUGGUUUUGGUGAUCCUCAUCCCGGUUCUUGUCAGCUCAGCAGGGGCAGCGGCGCACUACGAGAUGCUUGGUACUUGUAGGAUGGUGUGCGACCCGUACGGCACCAAAUCUCCGACCAGCACCGUCACCACGGACACCGUCAGAGACAACAGCCUCAUGCAGUCUUUGCCCACUUUCAUCCAAGGUCCGAAAGGAGAACCGGGUCGUCCUGGUAAGGCUGGUCCAAGGGGACCUCCGGGUGAGCCUGGACCACCCGGUCCAGCCGGACCACCCGGAGAUAAAGGUGAACCGGGCAGACCCGGUUUACCAGGACCUCCGGGACCCAGCGCGGCUGCCGGUGCCAUCAGCGCGGCCACCUACAGCACCGUGCCCAAGAUCGCCUUUUACGCAGGGCUGAAAAAACAGCACGAGGGCUAUGAAGUGCUCAAGUUCGACGACGUGGUGACCAACUUGGGAAACCACUACGAUCCCACCACUGGAAAGUUUACGUGCUCCAUCCCCGGGAUUUAUUUCUUCACUUAUCAUGUGCUGAUGCGCGGAGGGGACGGCACCAGCAUGUGGGCUGACCUGUGCAAAAACAACCAGGUGCGUGCUAGUGCCAUAGCCCAGGAUGCAGACCAGAACUAUGACUAUGCCAGUAACAGUGCUGUGCUGCAUCUGGAGCCCGGAGACGAGGUCUACAUUAAACUGGAUGGAGGCAAAGCUCAUGGAGGCAACAACAACAAGUACAGCACCUUCUCUGGAUUCAUUAUCUAUGCUGAUUAGACAGCACUUACUGCGUAAUCACUCUCAGCUACAACCAGCCUUGUAGCCUAGUCCUCCAGAUUUUAUUUCCACAAAUUAAACAUUUUAAAACAUACUCUUUUUUUGGUCAAGAAAAUGACUACAGACCUGCACAUGAUUUUCUUUUCUGCAUUUUGCCAUUUCCAGGGUCUUCAGUAAAAUUGACUUUGAACAGUAAUAUCAAUAAAGUGGUUGAAUUGUUAAAGUGUGGAAUCAAAGCACAUCCUCACUUUAUACACUGGUAGUGUUUGUCUUAUUACAGUGUGAUGUCUGUGAAAAGGAGAGAGAGUCGGUGUGUGCAUGUGUUGGAUGUAGGGUGGGGUCUGAAAGGACAGGUGGAUCACUCGAAAAUGCUGUAGGCAAAAAUGGAAAAGGUCAAAACAGAAGGGUGAUGCUUGGAAAAAAUAAAUGUGAACACAUCAUUUUAAAGAAUGCUACAGGUACAAUUGUGGUUCUGUCAAACCUACACCAGAGUAUCUACUCUGCAAGUGUGUUUCAUUUUAAAAAAAGCUACCAAGACACACCUGACCUUGAUUUGUGCAUCCCUCCCAGUAAGCCUUUGAUGCAACUGGACAUGGUUUAUACUGCAUCACACCAGUUUAGCUGUUGGGAAUGGUGCACAUAUUGGAUGGUUUUAAAACUGACAAAUCAACAGCCAUCAGCACAUGUGGAGAUUAAAAUUUCUGAUAUGAUAGAUGGUAGUGUGAAUAUAGCGUAAAAAAUAAUUUUUCACGUCCAAACACAACAAAGUAAACUGUAAUGAUAACAGGUUUUUUGCAGAGAUAUUCACCUUCCUCCACUUCUGUCCCAUCACGUAAAUCACAGAAUAUAAAAGGCAGAAGAAACUGUUUAUUACAUGAACAAAAAAAACUUUGCAGAAAACUUCCUGUAUUGGCCAGACCCAUUCCUGCAGCAAACUGAACACAAAAAGAACGCAAAUAUUGCAGCGACAUAUACAGGGUACAGAUUCAAUUUUCAAUUCAAUUAUAUUUAUAUAGCACCAGUUACAAUUCAGAUUGUCUCAAGAUGUUUUACAGAACCCAUACAGCAUGAACCCCCAGAGCAAGAAAAAACUCCCUUUGUGAUGCAAAUAGUAGCUAUGCAUUUCACUCUUAGCAGCUAAUGAGGAGUCAGAGUUCACAUCCUCUAUGUUAUUUACACUUGUACACCCAAUAUAAUGUAAUAUAGAUGCAAUGAGUUGAAUACAAUUGUUUUAUCAAAGGAAUGAUGCACUUGACAGUUUGCUAGAAUAUUAUCAUGUCAUGGAAGGUUUUUGUGUGACAACAAGUACGUCUAAACUUCAGAACAUGGGUCUGAAUAUGGCACGCAUCUCCUGAGAGUCAUUUAAGAGGAUUGAUUUGAUGUCUUAGACUGUGAACGUACAUUAGAUGAAUGCUAAAUGCACUCUUCAUACAGGUUAGAAGCAGGUGGAAGUGCUGUUUCUUUUUUUUGGUUUUAGGAGCAGUUAGUGUUUGUGCUAUUGUUUGCCCAACAAAUAGGUACAAUGACUUUCUGCAAAAUUUCAAAGGUUUUUGCAGGUUUUCAACCGUUUUAGCAGUACACAAUAACUACACAAAAACUGAAUGUGCAGAACUGCCUGUGCACACUUUUUCUUUUUGCCCAUGAAUUGUGUGUAGUGACUAAACAACUAGUAUGAUGUUACAAGGAGUGCUUUUAACCAUCAUACAUGAUCUUGGUAGGGUAUGCAGUACAUCCAUCCAUCUAUUUUCUACACCCUCUUAAGUCUGUGGAGGGUCGCUAGUGGGCUCGAGCCAGUCCAAGGCAAGAUGUAUCCUAGUAUAAGUGCUUCCAAAAUAUCCUGGAUUAAUAAAUACAGUUGCUCAAAAUCUAGAUGUACCCUACAGCACAAAAAAUAAUCAGUCUUUAAUGAAAGUGGAAGAGAAACUGGGUGGGCCAAUUUAGAUUGAGACGUGAAAGCAAUGGCUGUUUGACUACAUCAUUGUUGCAUGCAACAGUGCAAAAAUGACAACUUUAUAACGUGGACCACCUCAGGAGGUCUUCCUCUGUGUAAAUGCUUAACCAGACUUGAACUUUAUUGGUGAUCCUUCUGUGGUUUAUUGUUGUUGUGUAGAUGAACAAACGUGAAAUAAACUUGUUUGCAUUUGCAUAUUUUUAAAAAUGACAUCCUCUAGCAUUCUUGAUCAAUCAACAAUGUUUAGCUCUGCAAGCCCUGCCCUAAAAGUUAUUGAACCUUCAGAAAGCAAAACCAAUCAGACAUUUUAGAGAGUAAAGGGAUCUCCCUGAAACAUCCUGCAGUGAUACAAGAGUGACACAAAAAGUGCUCUGGUAGCCAUUUUGAGGAUGUUUGAAGUUGUUUGCUUGACUUGCUCAUAAUCAAAGGAAUAAGUGCUAAACACAUCGCCAAGACCUUCAGAGACUUGACAAAUGUAUUUUAUAACACUACAACUGUGUUUUUCUGUAGCAUUUAAGCAAGUAGCACAUGUGACUACUAAAACUAAUAUAGUAUGGUGUUGCAUCAAAGUACUACGUAAGCAUUCAGAAUUUCUGAGUUGCUUUGCCUUUGUCUAAGAUAUCAGUUUUACUCUGUUGUUCAUACGUGUGUGUGUGUAUGUGUAUGUGUGUGUGUGCGUGUGUGUGCGUGUGUGUCAGCUGCAAUGUGAACUGAAACCACUAUGCAGAAGUAGAGAAUAACAAUAAUACAGUCGUGUAUCUUAAGGGUUGAAAAAAUGUGGAUCACUGUUACUGAAAUCCUGUGUACAUACUGUAGUAAUACAAACUGUUCCUUUCUGCUUGUCAGUGUACAUAAUGUGGAGGAAUGGGAGGGGAAAUGGUUUUGAGUACUCAGUUAAUUAACUCAUCAUUUCAGUAAUCACUGAAGUUCUAGCCUCACCAGUGUGUAUUGGUAUGAAAGGCAUAUGUAAUGUAGAUACUGUGUGCAAUAAUAUAGAAACUUUGCACUCUCCUUCUGUCUUACAACAGUUCCCUGUGUACUGUUAACUGACUAAUGUCUCCAUUAAAUGGACAGAAAUA